ACGGCAGAGGGUGCUGAUUGGUUGCGGGUGUUCUAUCUGCUUCCCGUUAACGCGGUGGGUUAUGGGGCAGGCCCCGGGAAGUACGGAGCGGUGUGUGGCGCUGGGCAGCGGUGUGCCCCACGGGUUGGCAUUUCUGGGAAUUAAAAAAGUGAAAGGAAAAGAUCAAAGCAGGUGAAGGCGUUUUCCCGAGACAUGAAGUGCCCUUUUGCAAUGAAGGAAGCUGAUCUAAGGAUCACCAGAGAAUUGUGAAAAUUCCCAGCAAGGUGGUGCUGAACCCUGGAAUCUAUGUUGAGGUAUAGAAGAGUGGAAGGAUGUUACACCAUCACUGCCGCAGGAAUCCUGAGUUACAGGAGGAGCUGCGUAUCCAGGCUGCUGUGGCUGCAGGAGAUGUACACACUGUACGCACAAUGCUGGAGCAGGGAUACUCCCCUAAUGGACGUGAUGCCAACGGGUGGACUUUACUACACUUCUCUGCUGCUCGGGGGAAAGAGAGAUGCGUACGGGUUUUCUUAGAGCAUGGAGCCGACCCCACAGUAAAAGAUUUGAUUGGUGGUUUCACAGCACUGCAUUAUGCCGCUAUGCACGGACGAGCGCGGAUAGCCCGCCUCAUGCUUGAAUCGGAUUACCGCAGUGAUAUAAUAAAUGCCAAGAGCAAUGAUGGUUGGACGCCAUUGCACGUGGCUGCCCACUAUGGCAGGGACUCUUUCGUUAAGCUGCUACUUGAGUUCAAAGCUGAGGUUGAUCCCCUGAGCGACAAAGGCACAACUCCUCUGCAACUUGCCAUAAUCCGGGAACGUUCAAGCUGCGUCAAGAUUCUCCUGGACCACAAUGCCAAUAUUGAUAUCCAAAACGGGUUCUUGCUGCGCUAUGCUGUUAUUAAAAGCAAUCACUCCUACUGCCGUAUGUUCCUGCAGAGGGGGGCCGACACGAACUUAGGCAGAUUGGAGGAUGGACAGACCCCCCUCCAUCUGUCAGCCCUGAGAGAUGAUGUUCUUUGUGCGAGAAUGUUGUACAAUUAUGGUGCAGACACGACCACUAGAAAUUACGAAGGCCAGACCCCACUGGCUGUAUCAUUAAGUGUCUCUGGAACUAGCCGUCCUUGCUUGGAUUUCCUACAGGAAGCAAGAAGGCAGCCCCGAUAUCUGCAGGAUUUAUGCCGGAUUAAAAUUCGCCACUGUAUAGGACUGCAGAACCUCAAGCUGCUGGACGAGCUCCCAAUUGCCCGGGUUAUAAAGGACUACUUAAAACACAAAUUCGAUGAUAUCUGAAUGCAAUUUAAAUGGCUGAAGCAACUUGGACUCGUUAUGGUUGUGAUAUACCAGAAGUAAGGGUGGGGGGAGAGAGAGGCGAUCUUGCACAAAGUAUAUCCUAUGCAAUUUCUGAUAUCGGAUGGAGUCGGAAGGCAGAUAUACACAUUUUAUUCUAAUAUGAUUUUUUUUCUUUUUUAUGUUGUGUGCUAGUAAAGUCUUAACAAUUGUGGGGGCGGUUUCUGGUUCAGGUUUAGUGGUCCAUUCAUUCAAUGUCUCUACAGAAUAACUCCCUUUUAGUGGGUAAUACUCACCGUGGCCCAGUAAGCUCCAAUCCAAAGGUUGAAGGUUGUACAAGCUGUUUUUGUACAAAUCCAUCUGUUACCUGGUUUUUAAUCAGAUCGAUGCAGCAGAAUAGAUCAAUUUCUUGAACCAAGGAAUUGGUUACAUCUUUUUUUAUUCUUUAUUUCCCUCAAUCUAUGGUCCCAGCAUUUUUAAAUCAGCAUUAUGUUUGCAGUUAAACAUAGUUUUAUGUUUCUCCUCCUGUGACUCAUUUUUCUUUCAUUUGUAUGGUGCUAUGGUGUCUUAUUUAUAUACAUAAAUAAUAAAAGUCACAAUUUGA